AGGGCGCGGACCGGGGGUCGCCUCCUGGGAAGGGCGAGGGGCUGCCUCGGGGUCGCCCGGGACUGGGAACGGCCGCAAUGCUAUGUUGCCUCCUUUCUCCCAUUCACUCCAUGUCGGACGCGGAAGGUGCUGCCUCCCUGGGAGGCCACUAAAACCGGACCCUGCUUGUCUGCCCUUCCUAGGGCACGCACAGACCUCCCUAGAGCACACAGAGUGGAGCUGGGGGCACCCAUGUCGUGUGGCCAGUUCUGUGUCCCAGCCUCCUCUAGUGCUUUCGUACGAAGACACCUCCGCCCUCCCAAAAAACACCCCACCGUAAUAUUUAUUUAUUACAUUUAUGUGGUGUACCUGCUUCUCCUCUUCUCUGCUUCAUGCUCUCCACAACCCUGUGAGUUCUCUGACAAUGGCCUGUACUAUAGAGAAGAUCCUGACCGAUGCAAGGACCCUGCUGGAAAGGCUGAAAGACCACGACAACGCAGCUGAGUCUCUCAUUGACCAGUCUACCAUGUUGCACAAGCGGGUUGUGUCCAUGAAGGAGGCCGGCACGCCUCUUUCGCACAAGUAUCAAGAGGACGGAGCUGAGCUGAAGGACAUGUCUAAAUACAAACCUCAUAUUCUGCUAUCUCAGGAGAACACUCAAAUCAGAGACUUGCAGCAGGAAAACAGAGGUGAGCAUUGUGUUAGCGAGGUAACUAUGAGCCCUCAAGUGACUUGUUUGGCUGCAAGGGUUAACCAGAACAUAAUGCAAGCCUGCACCACUGAUGGUUGUCUUGAACUGAAGGAUGUAAAGAGCAUCCAUGCCUGUGUGGUCUAGUCACAGCUCUAAACA